AUGACGACAUCAGAUGGAAAUUAUUACGACUCCAGCAGAAGAGCUAGCAACUCAUCCAUGGAAGCAUCAUCAGUUGCAUUGAAGAGAUUGGACUCUCCAAUCCCUUAUCUCUUUGGUGGCUUGGCCUUGAUGCUGAUUAUCAUGGCAGUUUCUUUGAUCAUCCUCGCUUGCUCCCACCGAAAAAAUGAUUCGCAUGACAACGCUGACGAUGAAGAGAAGAAUCCUGCGAAGCAAGUCAACUCCCUGGAGGCAGAUGAGGAGCCAAGAGUUGUCGUUAUUAUGGCCGGGGACGAGCUUCCUACGUACUUGGCAAGACCAACAAUUGCCUCUUCGGCCUGCCCAGCAGCACGCUAG